AUACUAUGGUGUGUACCGGAUGCUGUGCUACUCUGGACAAUAUUGUCUCAUAUCUAUUCAGGAAGGUUUCACAUAAAGGUAAAAAAUCCCGUGCUGGUCAGCUUCCUGACAAUGACCCUCUGCUAGCAGUCAUCAAUAUGCGACCUGAAAUACUUCAACAGAUUCUUCAAUCGGUAUUGAACAUAAUAAUGUUUGAGGACUGUAGGAACCAGUGGUCUAUGUCCAGACCUCUUCUUGGUCUUAUUCUUCUUAAUGAAGAAUAUUUUCAGAACCUACGAGAUCAGAUAAUCCAAACCCAGAUACUGGAAAAACGAGGAGUUAUGAUGAGUUGGUUUGAGAACCUCAUGGACGGGAUAGAACGGAACCUGCUCACCAAGAACAGGGACAGGUUUACCCAGAAUCUCUCUGUAUUCCGAAGAGAUAUCAACGAGAGUCUGAAAGGACCAAACAUUACAUCAUCUGUGAACGACAUGAUGACGUCGUAAAUGGGUGAAACCAAUCGCAAUUUAAACACUGUAUUGUCUGUUACAUAAAUCUCAAUUAGACGUAAAGUGGUGUUAAACCAUAACGUAAGUAAUUGAUCGGAUUCCCGUUAUAAGUAAAUAUAUCAUAACCAAUUUUCUCAAAGAAAUUUUUUUUUAAACCAACUCUUUCCCAAAGCGCAAAUUACUGGUUAAAAAUUCAAUUUUUUAGACGGAUUUUCAAUGAACCUGUAAGCUUUAUUCUUUAACAUGAAUGAAAACACAUGCUUGACAUGAAUUUGAGUUUUCACCACCAGGCGUAUCUGUCGAACAUCCUAGUCUGCGCCGUUUUGCGAAUAUUACAAACAUGUUUACUGUAAAAAUCAAACAAUGUGAUCUUCAUCGAAAUAAACAUUCAUUAAUUAUUA